AUGGGAUUUAGUGGGGGCUCUGCUUUGAUGAGGUUGGGGGUGAUGGAUUCGGCCGCUGAACUAGCUUCUGUUGAAGCCAUAACCUUGUUCGCUGUGCUACUUAGUGCUUGCAUAGUGAUUGGUCAUCUUCUCGAGGAGAACCGAUGGCUCAACGAGUCAAUCACUGCGCUUAUAAUUGGUUUGUGCACUGGCACAAUUAUUCUUCUCUAUACAAAAGGGAAAAGUUCACGCCUUUUGGAAUUUAAUGAAGAACUUUUCUUUAUUUAUGUUCUUCCACCCAUUAUAUUCAACGCGGGAUUUCAGGUAAAAAAGAAGCAGUUUUUCCGAAACUUUAUGACUAUCAUGUUGUUUGGUGUUUUUGGUACAUUGAUAUCCUUCGGCAUCAUAUCAAUUGGUGCGAAGGGAUUGUUUGGAAAACUGGAUAGUGGUUCAUUGGAGUUGGGGGAUUUUCUUGCAAUCGGAGCAAUCUUAUCGGCAACAGAUUCUGUUUGCACUUUGCAGGUGCUUAACCAGGAUGAGACACCUUUACUGUACAGUAUUGUGUUUGGGGAAGGUGUGGUGAAUGAUGCCACAUCUGUUGUGCUUUUCAAUGCAAUCCAGAAAGUUGACCUCUCUAACAUCAACUCAAGCAUUGCCUUGCAGUUUAUAGGCAAUUUUCUCUCUUUAUUUUUCUUAAGCACCUUGCUUGGGGUGUUGAUUGGAUUGCUUAGCGCAUACAUCAUUAAGAAGUUGUACUUUGGAAGGCACUCCACUGAUCGUGAAAUUGCACUUAUGAUUCUCAUGGCUUACCUUUCAUACGUCAUGGCCGAACUGUUCGACUUAAGUGGAAUUCUCACUGUAUUCUUUUGUGGGAUUGUCAUGUCACACUAUACCUGGCAUAAUGUGACCGAAAGUUCAAGGGUAACUACCAAGCAUGCAUUUGCAACGUUGUCAUUUGUUGCGGAGCUCUUCAUUUUCCUCUAUGUUGGUAUGGAUGCCUUAGACAUUGAGAAGUGGAGCUUUGUAAGUGACAGUCCUGGAAAAUCUGUUGUGGUGAGCACAGCACUUCUUGCCCUGGUUCUGGUUGGGAGGGCAGCUUUUGUAUUCCCUCUUUCCUUAUUAUUAAACAUUACAAAGAAAUCAAAAAGUGACAAAAUUGAGUUCAAGCAGCAGAUUACAAUUUGGUGGGCUGGCCUGAUGAGAGGAGCUGUUUCCAUGGCACUUGCUUAUAAUAAGUUUUCGAGGUUUGGCCAUACUCAACAGCCUGGCAAUGCUAUCAUGAUCACUAGCACCAUCUCUGUUGUUCUUUUCAGUACAUUGGUGUUUGGAUUGCUGACCAAGCCUCUAGUAAGGUUUUUCCUACCGUCAAAUCAUUCUGAACCAUCUAGUCCAAAAUCAAUCACUUUGCCACUUCUCGGCAAUGGGCAAGAUUCAGAAGCUAACAUGAAUGGUCAAACUAUUCCCCGCCCAACCAGUCUACGCAUGCUUCUAAGCACCCCAACUCACACUGUCCACCAUUAUUGGAGAAAAUUUGAUGAUGCCUUCAUGCGUCCUAUGUUUGGUGGAAGGGGAUUUACUCCGUAUGUUCCUGGCUCGCCAACAGAAGUGCCUGCUCAUUAA